UGUCAAAUAUAUGAACAACCUGUGCCAUCGAAAUAUGUGGAUGGGACCUUAAUCUCAGCAUCCUGGAAGUGGAAAGCACACAAGAUCUGUGUCUCACACCACAGACAGGGGCAGUGUGUAACAGAGGAAACACAGAGGGAGGAAGCCCUGGGGAGGAGGCGGUGCAGCAGUGCACCCCUCCGGCUGUGGAUGUGCUGGGUGGCAACUCCCUGGCUGUGCAGAAUGUGGCCGGGUCAUCCCAGCAUGCCCUGCAGCCGGUCGCAGCUGCCCUCCUCCCGCCACUGGUUGACACGGCAUCGUCACAGCCGGAAAGAGACGUCGCCGCCGCCGUCAGCCAAGAGAGAAGCUCCGCAGAGACUCAGCCCAACAGCAACUCUAAGGAGAGUUUGGAAGAAGGGUCCUCGUUGGACGGUGGUGCUGACGGUGUCACGGGACGCACUUCCUCAUCAGCCCUUAAGGGCCCGAGUCUCGCUACGGCGUCGAGAGGGAGACCACCUCACUCUGACGUAUUCACAGACACACAGACAGACGGCACAGAGCAAGGUGUUCCUCACGGAGCACAAGCUGAUCGAAGCCAAGGCCCGGCAGUGCAGGAGGAAGGUGCUGCUGGUGGACUGGGGGCUGUCAACAGAACAGAAGAGGGACAGACUGUCCCUGGAAGAGAGACUUUGGAGUAUAUACCAGAGACUGGAAUUGAAGGCGAUUACACAGACAGGAAUAUCUUCUCUACUGCCUCCCCAGUGGCCUCCCCUUUUCCCCUCAACUCCAGUCCUGAUCCAGUCAGAGACCACACAGAAGACAGAGGCAUGGAGCACUCCGAAACGGCCCAGCUUGUUCAGGCCAGCCACCUACCUCUGCCUGAUGUCAAGGAGCAAACAGGCAUUCACCCAAACUCUAAACAGCCUCUCCUCCCAGAGCCCAUAUCUGGCAACAGCGAGAGCAAAGAAACUGACCUUUUCGUGGAGCCUCAAAUCAUCAGGCAGAACUUCAGUGACGACAACAGGGAAACGCAGGAAUCAACGGAGGUGGAGGGAGACAAAGUACCAGAGCCCACAAAGCCUGAUGACAGUGAAAGACAAGAACCAGUCACUCUCUGGAGUUCACACACACACAUGCUACGCCAACCUGCACCGACUAAUGUAUUCUGCACCCCGAGCCCAGAGGGAACAGACCCUGGACUUUACACCCCAACUGGCAAUGGAAACUCUACCCUUAACUUCAGAGUUGAAAAAGAGGAGAGUGACGACAUUCAGAGAAGUCCGUCAGUCCCAGAGGGACAGGCGGAGAGGAACGAGACCAUGGAGGAGACAGACACCCACUUGUAUCACUUUACCAUGCAGUCUCAAAGCCCUGCUCAACAGGAAAGGACUACAAUUUCUCCCAUCCAUCGCUCCCGUACUGAGCUAGGCUCAGGACUCACCGAACACUCUGUUGGGGCUGAAACACCUAAUCCUGCCCCAGAGCCCAGUAUGGAAACAUCCCUGAUCUCUGAUCUUGUGGAUUCAACUGACGCUCAAGGAUUUUUUAUGGCUGAGGUAGAAACCAGUGUCAACAGGGACUCUGAGGUGAAUCAGAGUUUUCUGUUAGAAGGGGAAUGUAGCGGUGGUUAUGGGGCUGCUGCUGAUGAUGAACCAAAGCUCUUUAGAGAAGAGACUCAUUCUGACAUUGAAAUGAUAGACGCUCAAGUGACGGAGGCGUAUGAGAUUUAUGGCUUUGUGGAAGAGGUUGCUACUGAAACCAUCUGUGCCAGUAGUGCACAAUUGCCUUCCUCCCCAGGCUACGAGGUGAAUUUGUUCAGUCCACUCGCACACGCUGAGAAUUGUACAACCGCAGAAGAACACGAUUCGCAACUUCAAGGAAUGGAGAUUUGUUCCAGCGACUUCUACCCCAGUCAGUCCACACAGGAUACGACGGCUGAUGUCGGAGGGCUGAGUUUGGAGCCAGGAAUCCAAUCAACUGAAGCUGACACUACAGAGGCCGAAAGCUCCAGUGAGGUUUAUUACGUCCAAACUGCUCUUGUAUCAGACACUCCCAUCUUGACUGAAGCUACGACACAUUGUUUAGUCUCCAGCUCGGCUGUCUCUGACCGUACGAGCAUGAGUGACACCCAGAUGGUGCUGGGGGAUCAAGUGGAUGCAGCAGCCAGUACACUGUCUCAAGUCCCCCCUAUGGAAAUAGUCACACAGGGUCCAGUCAAAAACACUGGCUAUGCCCUCUCUCCCCAGACCACUUUGCACCAUACAGAGGUGCAAAAGCAGGCCCCUAAAGAAGCUGCAGGCAUCCCUCUUUUAAACGCCCCAAAGACUGAGCUCUGUGUUUCCUCUCACGAAGGGAUCAGAAAAAACCUCUCAACGCGUCUGUCAGA